UCCUUCGACGACAUCGCCGGCAUCGACGCGUCCAAGGCGGAGGUGAUGGAGGUUGUCGACAUCAUGAAGAACCCUCAGAAGUAUCUCAAGGUGGGAGCGAGGAUACCUGCUGGGAUUCUGCUGUGUGGGCCGCCUGGGACAGGGAAGACGCUGCUUGCUCGAGCCAUCGCAGCAGAGGCCAAAGUUCCCUUCAUCUUCUGCUCUGGUUCAGAUUUUGUCGAGAUGUUUGUGGGGAGAGGAGCAGCGAGAGUGAGGGAGCUGUUUGAGAGAGCAAAGAGAGUGGCUCCGAGCAUCAUCUUCAUCGACGAGCUGGACGCGUUGGGCAAGUCGAGAGGAAGGGGAUACUCCUCCCACGACGAGGCAGAGCAGACCCUCAACCAGCUCCUUGCAUGCAUGGACGGCAUAGACUCCAAGGGCGGCUCUGGCGUUGUCUGUGUUGCAGCAACAAACCGUUUUGACGUCCUCGACGAGGCUCUUUGCCGCCCAGGGAGGUUCGAUCGGGUCAUCAAGGUUGGGAUCCCUGACGCGCGAGGACGACGUGGGGUG